GUGGAGGGGAGAAAGGCUUAAUAACACAGGCGAUACCAAAAUAGCUUUCAUUUGAAAUCGACAGAACAUUUCUUCAUUCUGCGCAAUUACGCACGGUCAUCCAUGGACACAGUUUGUCCUUGCCAAGAUGUUUUCAGUAGAAUAAACUCCAACAAGAGGCACAGGAGAUUUUGUUUUCUGUGAACCAUUUGUGUGCACGUUUAGAUACAAAAUGUUCAGCAGCCUAUAGGCUAUCCAACAUGUCUUUUGACGUCACACAUCAACUUUUGUGAUAUAUAUAUAUAUAAAUAUACGCGCGCACUACGGGUUUUAAGUUUCUGCUUUUCUCCACAUCAGGCUGAGAAGUGGGAUAGAUGCCAGGGUAGCCACAGACAACAGGAAAUAAAAUCGUAUUUUAUAGGUCAGGUAUUUUGGGAAUAUGCCCGCGGCGCGCCACGUGCGUAAUGACGAGUAUGCCUCUAAAUAGAAGAAUUAAGGCGUCGCGAGCUUUUUGAAGGGAAAGAGAGCAUGUCAGUGUAGUUUACCCUGAGGGAGGCUGUGGAAAGGAAUUACUUAUUUCUCACAUCCAUACCGGCACAUCUGUGCGCGUCUAUGUCACCACCGGACGGGUCUCCAAGUCCAUGGAUAAAAAGGAACAGGAGGCAGCAGAAUGGUUGUUGUGGGAGCGAGUAACGGAACCUUUGGUAGUGGCAACAUGAGGUCGUCGUUCAUGAUAGAGGAUAGAGCCGGUGGCGGAGAUCCCGGGGGUUCCACCAACAUGAUGAUCUCGGAGGCUCUUGCGCCCCGGCUGCUGAAGAUUGCGCAGGGCGCCGCAGAGGCUGCAGCAGCAGCGGCAGCAGCGACUUCUCCCUCUACCUCCAGUCAACCGCAGGUCAUGGAGACGAACGGGACCCGGUGCGGCGAGCAGAUCCUGAGCUACGGCCGGGUGGAGAAAGUCCUGAUCGGAGGGGUCCUCACCAUGCUCACCCUGUCCACCAUCUGCGGGAACUUAUUGGUGGUCAUCUCCGUGUGCUUCGUCAAGAAGCUGCGCCAGCCGUCCAACUAUCUGAUCGUCUCUCUGGCCGUGGCGGACCUGUCGGUGGCUCUGGCCGUGAUGCCGUUCGUCAGUAUCACGGACCUGAUUGGUGGUCAGUGGAUAUUCGGACAGUUCUUCUGUAACGUUUUUAUCGCCAUGGACGUGAUGUGCUGCACCGCGUCCAUCAUGACUCUGUGUGUAAUCAGCAUUGACAGGUAUUUGGGUAUCACGAAACCCCUGACCUAUCCUGUCCGGCAAAACGGCUGCUGUAUGGCCAAGAUGAUCCUGUCAGUGUGGCUCCUCUCCGCCUCCAUCACCCUCCCCCCUUUGUUCGGCUGGGCACAGAACGUCAACGAUGGCAGAGUCUGCCUCAUCAGCCAGGAUUUUGGCUACACUGUCUACUCCACGGCUGUGGCGUUCUACAUCCCCAUGUCAGUGAUGCUGAUCAUGUACUACAGGAUUUACAGAGCGGCCAAGCUCAGCGCAGCCAAGCACACCAUCACCGGCUUUCCCAGGGAAGGGGAGCACAGCGCAGGGGUGGCUCCGAGAGGGGGGCGAGGAGGGCACGAGGCUCACCGGCCACCAGAGUCAGGAGAGACAGGAAGUGUCGAGGGGACGGAGGCCGAGGAAGAGGAGGAGAGCUUGGACUGCGUGGCAGCAGCGCUGAAGCUCCAGCGUGAGGUGGAGGAGGAGUGCAGCACACGCGUCUCCCGCCUCCUCAAGACCGGUGAGCACCACCAGCGCCGGAAGAGGAAAAACCAGUCCAUCUUCAAACGGGAACAGAAGGCUGCAGCCACUCUGGGCAUCGUGGUUGGCGCCUUCACCUUCUGCUGGCUGCCGUUCUUCUUGGUGUCCACCGCCAGGCCGUUUGUCUGCGGCGUGGAGUGCAGCUGCGUGCCACUCUGGCUGGAGAGAACUCUGUUGUGGCUCGGGUAUGCCAACUCCCUUAUUAAUCCCUUCAUUUAUGCAUUUUUCAACCGUGAUCUGAGGACCACCUACAGUAACCUCUUGCGGUGCCGCUACAGGAACAUCAAUCGUAAGCUGUCGGCAGCUGGCAUGCAUGAGGCUUUGAAACUGGUGGAGAAGCCAGACACUGAUGUGUAAAGUUGUAGGUCUGCCAAUCAGCCAUGCUACGCAGACCAACAAAAACAACCACCAGGGAAAACACCCAGUGGGGCUCAGACUAUGGCACAGAGCAGCACACUGUCAGACUGGUUAUUUCCCUAAAUGUGUAUGAUGAUUGCUGAGGUGAGAAGAGGCAGGAUGCUGUGAUUAAAUGGGUGCACACGAAGGUAAACAGAAGAAGCCUAUCAUUGGCUAAAAGCUAGAAAUCUUUUAUUCUGAAGACUGAGUAACAUGGUGGGGAACUUUAACUCAUUGGCGAUGAAUUCGGAACUCUAUCUCAAUAGCUUCUGUAUAUCAAUACACUCACAGCCUCUGAACUGUUACUGCCACCACUGUAACGUCCAACAAUUACAGCAACGGUUGCUUUCUUGGUGCACUCAAAACUGGCUGCUGUCCUGCUUUUGCACAUGAUAUUGUUAGAAAAGUUGGUGGAGCUACACACCGACUUUGUACUCGUCUGGAUGGAAAUUUUCUAACUAAGUAGCCGGUGUCUUGUAUUUUCAGUUUGAGCCAAGGAAAACUUGCCACACAAAAAAAAGAAAGAAAAAAAAAUGGAGGACUUCUUGGAGUUCGAUUGGCCCACGAGGUUAAAACACCAAAUGUAUUCACCUUGUGUCCACGAUUAUCACAGUGACACUGCUUCUCACCACCUCUAAAUAUUGAGGUUUGUGUCAGUGGACGAGCAUCAUAACAAGUGGACAAGUUAUGAUUAAAACACAAGUGACAUGUAAAAAUUGUUGUACACAAGUCAAUAACUACACUGUUUUUGGGACAAACCUUAUUAUUAGUGUAAAAUGGUUCCUUCUGAUGAUCUGUUGUACCUGAUAUGAGUUUAUAUCUUUGGAAGAUGCUUGGUUUUUUGUCAAUAUCACAAUGUGUUGAAUGUGCCAAAUCUUGCUCCUUUUGCCUUUUCACAAGUUAUUCAAAAACUAAAACUACUUUAUUGAAAACAAUUUAUCGAUCAAUCUGUUUUAUAAUCAGGCAGCUCACUUAGGAACAAAAAACAUUUUUUUGUUAAAGGGGAUGUUGUGAAGUUCUGCUACAUGAUGGUUUGGAACCAACAAGUGGAAGAUAAAGACCUAAAGAGAAACAUGAUUAUUUAGGACACUUUUUUGAAUGUGACCAUACCUUUUCCUUUUCCACACAGGAGUCUCCUUUCAAACUAUGCACCUUAUUUUUUUAGAUUAGACACAAUGUGUGGCAGUUGCCUGGGCCAUCCAGGUUGAUCAUGGCUGAGUUUUAGGCUUGCUGUGUAUUAUGUCAUACAAUACCUCAUGAAACAGGCACGAUCCAGGCAAAAGCUAACAGAGGAGUGAUUCGUGCGAGCUUUCAAAGUGGUCUAUGUUUUUUCUUUUUACAGUGACACUAUCCAAAUCCAGGAUGAUUUCUUUUAAGUCAUUAUCAGUAACAGCUGAAUAUACUGUUUUUUUCUGUUGAUUGUUUGGUCUAAAACGUAUUAAAAAAUAGAUACUAUAAAUGAGCAUCACAGUUUCUCAGACCCCCAAGAUGAUAUCUUCAAAUGAUAUGUGUUGUCUGACUAACAGCCCAAAACAGAGAUAAUCAAUUUAAAGUGUACCAAAGAAGAGACAGAAACAGCAAAUUUUUGCAUUUUAGAAGAUGGUACCUGCUUGAUAAAUGACUAAAAGCCCUUGAAAACCAAGGGCUUUCAGUCAUUUAUCAAGCCAAAAUGUCUAAAUUAAAAUCUCAGUUUUCAGGGGCCACUUAAUGUUUCUCUAUAACAUUAAAUAUUCUGAGAAAAUUCCUAGUCAUUAUUUAUUAAACAUUUAACACUAAAAAAUUAAGCUAAUCUGUUUCAUCUGCUUGAUAAAUUACUUAAAGUCCCUGAAAACAAUUUUUUUCAAAAUUUGAUGAUCAGG